AUGGCUAAACUGGAGUCAACAUCCAAUGCUAUUUGGUGGAUCAAGAAUCCCAAGGCAGACAAGGAAAAGAAGUCUAAAAGUCUGCGUAAAACUUCCUUGGGUUCGGCUUUUUGCUUGGAUAUGGCGGAUCUUCUGAGGAAUAUAUCUCUUCAAGGAUACAAUAAGCUUUUGUCGCCGGACUUAACUUUGGGACAAAGAUUGAUUUGGUUGCUGCUCCACAUGACCACCACCAUCUCCCUGGUGGUGGUGCUUUCGCUCACCUGGGAACAGUUUGUGGCCCAGUCCUUUGUGACCAAUCUAAAGGAUCCACUUUAUCCGGUGGAAAAUGUGCCAUUUCCUGCUGUUUCCAUUUGCCCCAACAAUCGCAUUUCCCGACAGGCGGUCAUUAAGUAUGCUGAAGAACUAAGAUUUAACAGCCCGGUGAUUCGUCCCGUGGAAUACUUUCUGGAGCGCUUAAGUUAUUUCCGCCAGUUUUAUAUCAACGUGGGUGCAGUGGUGGACACCGAUGACUUUGUUACCUUUCAGACCUUUCUCGAUGUUUUUGGCACUUGGAACAACGAGACUUUCUUCGACACUCGCCGCAUUAUGAAAAUGUUAACCCCCAGUUGUCAUGAAUUCGUGCUAAAGUGCAGCCUGGCCAAUGUGGAGAUCCCCUGCUUCAGCAAAGACGCCUUUCAGGAGAGCCUCACCAUGUACGGACCUUGCUGCACCUUCAAUAUGGAGAACAAAUUAAAGAAACGCCAUUUCAAGGAUCGCCUGUCCAGGCCGGAACUUGGACUCACCGUAGUGCUGAAUGACAGCCACUCGGACUACUUUGCCCCCAUCCUGAAUACAAAUGGAUAUAUUGUCAUGAUUCACAGUGCUGAGAAUUAUCCCUCGGUUAGCUCAUCGAAUGUGCUGGAGAUGUUUCCCGGUCAGGGUGAAGAUAGUUAUUUAUCUAUCUAUGCUCGAGUGGUGGACACAGAUGACAGCUUGAAAUCUUUUUCGCCUUUGGGGCGACGCUGUUAUUUCGACCACGAGGUUCAGAAUCCAAUCAACGAGCAGCUAAUUACGACCUACACCUAUGCCUACAGCUUCCCCAACUGCAUCACCAGGUGCCGAAUCCGUAGUAUCAUCGCUCUGUGUCGCUGUUUGCCCUUCCAAUUGCCUCUUCAGCUGGUGGAUAACCUCGAUGGCGUCGUCUACUGCACAUUGGGACAUGUAUCUUGCCUCAAUCAGUACAUGUUCAAGUGGCGUAAUGUCCUGACCGAAAGGCAUAUAAUUCUUGGCUUGGAGCGGGAAAUUGAGGAGGCCCUAUAUUGUCCACAGUGUCUGCCUUCCUGCAGCGAUGUGCAGUACGGGGUAUCGAUGAGUGCUCUGCCCAUAGACAACUAUUUGGCCACCCUGAAGGUGGAUGAGAAUAACCAGACGGAGUUCAGCACAGAUAUCUCCGUUCUUAGGGUUUACUUCGCCGAUGCUCAUGCCCAGUAUUAUAUCCGAUUGCUAAACAACGCCUGGUUCGAGGUGUUCAGUACCAUUGGCAACAUAAUGUCUAUUUUUGUGGGCUUUUCUAUGGUGGCCAUUUUUGAGAUACUCUUCUUUCUAACCAAGUACAUCUAUGAGGGCUGCAAUCGUAUGUUGGAACAGAAUUUAAUCGACCGGAAGGCCAGGCAAUUAGAAACUAACAAGCUGUACAUCUGCCCAUAG